AUGUCCGGGGACGGCGCGCUGGAGAUCAAGAACCCCCGGCGGAUCCUGGCCGUCUGCUUGGAGGAUGCCACCCAUCAUUUAACUCGGGUGGUCCAAGAACUCACGGGCUCCCCACCAGAAGCAGCGUCUACAACGCUGGCGGGCUCAACUCACGAUCUAAAUCUCAAGACGGCGUACUACACAGCCGUGGUCCCCACCUGGAUCGACCUCAUCGCCUCCCCAGAGGAAUGGAGCGCCUCGUUCCUGUCCCCGGAGGCCCGCGAGGUCCUCACCGUCCUCGGCGGCCUGGUCCUCGUCUUCCCCCUCUCGAGCACCGCCGCCGCCGGGCCCCAACCGACCAGGGACGUGAUCAAGCACGUCGGCAGGGUCGUCAAGGAGGGGCUCGGGGGCUGGGAGUGGGAUGGCGUGGGACUCGCCGUCGGCGUCGGCGAGGGCGAGGCGGAGGAGUGGGAUGAGCUGUGCGCCGAGGCGGGGCUGGAGUUUGUCCAGGUGACGGGGUCGUCGCGGGAUGAGGGGCGCAACGAGUUUGGAGGCAAGUUUUACUUUCCAACUAUCCAUACCACCUGGCUUCUCACCCCGUCAAACAUGGGAGAGAUCCUGGAAGCCCUCGAGGCUAAUGACUGGGAACAAGGCGCAGGGCCACUCUCGGACUUCGGAGACUUCGAGGGAGGCGGCGGCGACGGGGGGGACGACGAGUUCGACCCCGAGAGCCUCGACUUUGGCUUCGACAGCGCGGAUUUCGAGGGUAUGCGCAUGGAUAUUCUUGGCGCUGGAAUGGACAGCCAAGGCGGCGACGAGGAGGCGUCGAGGAUGGCCGAAGGGCUACGCGGCAACAAGAGCGAGGAUUCCGCAGCAGCGCCAGCGUCGGCACCAGUGACCGCGGAGAAGUCGGAAGGCGAAAAGAGCGCGGAAGAGGGGGACGGGGACGGGGAACUGAACGAUGAUGAUAUCGCCAAGGUGGAGAAGAUGAUGAGGAAACUACAAGCUGCGAGGGAGGCGGGUGAGGGGAUGGGCGAGGACCAGAGGAGACGUAUGGCAGCGAGGGCAGUGGAGGAGGUGAUGCGGGAGCUCUGA